AUGAGCCUAGGGAAGACCAUUUAUGUGGAUGAGGAUCUUGGAGAAAACAUGGCAAGCAUGUCCCAGAUCAGAACGAUGAGCGCUCUCCUAGCUGGUGUUGGGGCAGGAGUGAUGGGCUUGACAGGUAUCACUGGCGCGGUGUUCUUCUUGCUAUGCGCAGUACUAAGCUCCUUUAUAAUACUGAAAAUUGGUUGUGAAGGUGCCCCUGAACGCUACUUCCCAUCCGGAACAAAACAAUUUUUCUCACUUGGUAACCUCGCCACUGGUGCCAUGACGUACAUCUUGGCAUGGACCGUUGCAUACGACGCAAUCUACAUUUUCUAG